AUGGGCAAUGCAAGCAAAGAUGUGGCCGUUUGUAUUCCACAUGUGCCCAUACCUGCGCUGCAGAAUGCCACGGGGACACUCCAUGUCCGCCAUGCACGGCGCCCUGUGGCGUCCAGUGUGGUCACUCCAGAUGCUCUAAGAAAUGUUCUGAGCCAUGUGCCCCUUGUGCAGUAUCAAAAUGUCUGUCCGCAUGUCCGCAUAGCGCGUGUUCCAUGCCUUGCGCCGCGCCGUGUGAUCACAUUCCAUGCUCUCGCCGAUGUGAGAAACAUCUAUCGUGCGGCCAUCAAUGCCCGUCCUUAUGUGGAUAUUUCUGUGGACUUCAUCUUAGGUCAGACAUACAAAGAGAUUGACCUAGAUGAAAACCCUUGCAUAUUUCCCCCAUGUGGACACUUUCUGACUGUGGAAAGCAUGGAUGCCCAAAUGGACCUUGGGAAACACUAUAUGCUAGAUGAAAUGGGAAAGCCAUUCUCGAUUUCCAAAUCAUCCGAACCGUUCUCCAUCUCGGAUGUUCCGAACUGUGCCACCUGUCGAGGUUCGUUGAGAAGUAUAUCCCGAUAUGGGAGACUAGUGAGGCGUGCCUUGUUGGACGAAGCGACGAAGAAAUUUAUUCUGUACUUAAAUCAGAAGUACGUACCUAUGGCUCAAGAACUCGCCCAAUUGGUGGCUCAGCUGCCAGACCACGAAGGGACAGCGGCAGCAAAAGCAUUCCAAAAUGACCUUACUCUAAAGGUUCAAGGGCCACCUGACCACCAAAUCCGAUUGAUGCACCAGCAUCUCAAGAAAAAUGAUUCGACAAGAUGGAAAGAUAUGAUCCUCCUGCGCCAGCAGGUUACAGAAUACUACCAAAACGUCAAGGUAGAGGAGCAGCCCUUCAACCAAGUACGCAACAUGGUGGAGGAUGCCCGUCGUCGAAAACGAAAAACCGGGCAAUUCGAAUUCGACGAGACUGUGCUUCAGACGAAAGGCUGCAUUCAAGCAGCUUCGCUGUUACUUCGCCUCGAUACAGCAUUGAUUGGAGACUUCCUCACUUUGUAUAAACAAACUCCUGGCGGGUCCAACAAAUGUGUUCUCCACCUUGACCUCCAGGCAAACCGAAAAGAGGGUGAGAAGCUGACAGCCAUGGCUGUCACCUCACAGCGCGUAUUACAACAGGUCGAGGGCUACCUUUUCCGCGCUCAGCUGUGUGCCCUGGAGUGCCAGAGCAGCGAUCAGCCAACUCGGGCAGAUGAUCUUCUGAGCGAGGGUAAUGAGUGCAUUGAACAAGCUCAGAAGCUGUGUGCAACCCACCAGGUACAUGGACUUGCUGACGAAAUCGAGGGUACAUUGAAGAUGCUCCGCGGCAGUACUUUUUACACACCCGUGACCAGUGAAGAGAGAAUGGCUGUUGUGGCUGCCAUGGCGCGGGAAUUCCGGGGAACUGGACACUGGUACCGUUGCGUGAACGGCCAUUUUUUCACCAUCGGAGAAUGCGGCGGUGCUAUGCAAAUCUCCACCUGCUCAGAAUGUGGUGCACGUAUAGGUGGCCAAGGCCACCAAACAGUAGCUGGAGUGACCCGUGCCGCUGAUUUGGAGGAGAAUUUGGCCCGGUUAAUAAUUUGA